UUUCUGUAUACAACUUUUGAAAUGGCGUUCACUAUGUUAUUAGUUGUACUGUGUACAUCAUUAGUCGCUCUAUGUGAGGGAAGACAAAAAGUCCUUACACUGGCAACUUUGGACACAAAUAGUACACAAAAAUUUGAUACCUAUGUGAGAAGAGAGAUACUGUUUUAUAUACUUAGAAAGAUAAAUGAAACAAACUUUGCCCAGCUCUCAUCAUCCACUGAGUGUGAAAUGAAGAUUAACAGCACUGGUGAACAGUGCCAACAAUGUCUUGCUGGAGUGUGCCGAAACAAUACGCAAAUGUUAUAUUAUCAAAACUCGAUCAAACAGAUUAUGCCAACUAUCUUUAAGCCAGUAUUAGAAGUGAGUAAUUUUGUGGACAAAAUGGGGAAAUCUUUACCAGCUGCUCUAGGAUUAUUGGGAGAAGAAUCCGGAUUGUUCCUUGAAGGACUUGGUCAAAUAUCUUCUCAUCUUGGUUCAGGUUUGACAGGCUUAAAGGAAUUCUCUGGAAUCGCUUCUAAUUUACAGUCUUUGGGAGGUAAAUUAACAUCGCUCUCAAAAGAUGUGAUAACUGUAAAUAUCAACAAAUUACCAGAGUUUGGUAGUCAGGGCAGCAUAUUAGAAACAUUGGUACAGCUUGGAGCUCAGAGUUUACUUGAUCAAGUCAAAAAUAGCUUUUCAAGUAUCGGCGAUGCGUUAACAGAUCUCGGUAACAAAGUGGUUGGUGGAAUUGCAGUCGCUGGAAAUGCUGUCAUAGAUACCGGUAACACUAUAGGGAACGCCUUUCAUAGUAUAUUUGGAAAGCGUGUUUUGUCUGUUGAGAAACGAGACUGUGACGACCAGUGCCCGGUUUGUGGUAAAAUUGAUCAGAUGUCACAUGACACAAUGACUAUUUUAGCAAUAGUUUGUGGCGAAGGAAUAAUAUACAAUCAACGUAAUACUCUGGAGCAAGUCAAAUACCUACAAGGAAUUUACAACAAUACCAUCCAAAACCAACUCAUUACAAAAGUUGAAUACGAUCCUUUGUCAAUUAAAACAGACCACAGAAUAGCUUUUUCCAGGGCUUUUAUGACAUACAGUGUCCAUGGAAGUGUGGACAGAUUUCAGACAGAUAAUGACUUUGAAAUAAGUGAUCUGAAGAAGUCAGCGAAAGAUGUCGCUAAGCAUAUUUGGCAACUUAUGAAUUAA